CUCUCAAGAGUUGUAUUUACCAUUAGAACAAGACUAUUAAUUUGAAGCCUUUCACAAAGAUGAGGUUUAUAUGAGAAGGAUGUAUGAAUUUAGAUCUUUAUGCUAAAUUACGUUUACAUGUUUUCUAUAUUUUGUGGAAUCUGCUGACGUAAAUCUCAUACUACCCUAGCUUGCGUGCUACUUCCUUGUUAGUGAGUAGUCGGUGUGAGAGGGCGUCAAGAAGUUUCAGCCCUCAGAAGUAUGUGUGGAUUAAUGUUUCGUUUUCGAUGCGAUUUUUUUCCAGGAAACCUCUUUAGGCGUUGAAAACAAGUCGUUUUUAACCUAUCUUCCGGGAUAGUGGUCUCCGAAUCAUGGAGGAUUCUUUAAAGUCUCUUUUGUGGAUGCUUUGCUAAGUUAGCACUGUCCGGCUAACAAAAUCUUUUCAUCAUAUGCGCGGAACUGGAUCAUAUGAGCCGGCAUCGCCGAGCGUUUUAUUGACAUUUGUGACCUCUUUUAAGGAUUUAUUUCGAUUGAUAUGCGUCAGGAUGGUUAAAUGCGUAGGAUUCGUUGGGGUCUGAAUGCCAACGGUCGGUGUGUUAGAGAAAUAGUGGUACUCUUUGAGCUAGCUGUGCUAUCGUGGCUAAAAGUGGGUUUCAAAUGUUUUGCUUUGUUUGCCGGGGACUGAACCACGCGCAUUUCGGAGUGAUAAAAGUGGAAGAUUAGAUGCCUAAUCCGGAGAUUAUUUCUCGUGAAGGCCGGGGGAGAAGCCCAACGGCACAAAGAAGUCAGAAAGAGGAGAGACGGAGUAAGACCGGGAGCCACCGUGAGAGACACCGGGAGAAGGGGCGAUCAUCGUCCUCCUCCUCUUCGCGGAGGAAAAAACACAAGUAUGCCCGCGAGAGACAGCAGCAACAGCAGUCGUGGCCACAACAAGGGUUGGUUUAUGAUGGGGAUUUGCGGACUUUGGUGGAGUAUGAUGAUGUAAGCUCGCAAUCUGAACGCUUCUCAGGGAGUCCGUCACCCAAAACCGACACGCUCUCUGUGGACCGGCUGAGCGAAGCCGAGUUUCAAGACUCCAGCCUCGGCGGGGCAACCACGCCGGAGAGGAGGAGCAGACGAGACCACAACUCCUUUGCGAGGAGAGAAGAAAGCAGUGUUUCGGCGGAGAAAGUCAGACAAGAGAGGGAGAUGAAGAGGAAGGAGCGAUCCAGUCGGGAGCGGGACGUGGCGUCCAAAUCCCGUAGCGGCGUGAGAAAUCACGACAGCAACGGAAGGAAGUCGUCUUCAGCGACGUCUCAAAGUGACAAAAAGGAGUCCAAGCGACACAAAAACAAAUCUAAAACGGAGAAAGACACUCCUUCUGCCUAUAGGGAAACACCACAAGCCUACAGGGACGACCGGGAGGAACUCAGGGCCUACAGGAGAAGCAGUCCAAGCUUCAAAGCGGCGGAAAGUCCUUAUGGGACAACCUAUUCCUAUGGAUACCAGUCGCCUACCACGAACUACCCGAUUAUACCUAGGAGAAGCCCAAGGAGAGUGUCUCCUAACGCGUACUACGCUCGGGAUUCAGAAGUAUACGGUGCCUAUAACGUUUCAAAGUCACCGAGCUCGUACUCGAGCAGUAAGAGGAAACGGUCCCCGUCCAGCCCGUACUGGCGCGGGUCUCCGAGCUACGGCCGACACAGCCCAUACGAGUCGGGCGAGAUCGCCUCCAGCCCCUACGGCCAGCGCAGACGCUCCAGGAGCCCCUACAGAAAGUCCCUGAGCCCCAGUCCAGACGUCAGGCGGACCGCAAAAUCUCGCAGCCGGAGCCCAUACCAGUCUUCACGGCAUUCUCGCUCGCGCAGCCGCCACCGUCACUCACGAUCCCACAGCCGGCCUUCCAGUCUGUCACCCAGCUCGCUGACCCUCAAGAGCAGCCUGGCCGCCGAGCUCAGCAAGCAGAAGAAAGCAAAAGCUGCCGAGGCUGCCCGUGUCAAAAACUCAAGCAACGCAUCCACCCCUACUAAGGGUUCAUCGUCAUCCUCCUGCCAGCCCCAGCCAAGCCCCAUCACCAACCAUUCAGCCAAGAAGGCCAGACCCCCCUCACCUCCGCCUGUUUCAGAGAAAGGCCCCAGAACUCCAGUGUCAAGCCAGCCGCAAUCCCCGGUGGAUAGACCUGCUAAGAGGAGCUCGGAGGCUCCGCAGUCGAGUCGAGAAGGAAAGGUAAAGGAGGAGAAAAAGAAAGGAGGUCAGCCCAUACAGAUUAAAGAGAAGGAGAAAGCAGCUGUUCCUGCUACAGCCUCCUUGCCACCGGCACCCAAUAACCUGAAUCAUCUGGAUGGAAAUGACAGCAUUCUGAAAGACUCAUUGUCAGCUCCUCCCGGAAAGAAGAAACCAGAGAGGAAACCUCGUCAUCUUUUAACGGACCUGCCUCUCCCACCAGAGCUCCCAGGCAACAUGUCAGGUUCUCCUCCUAGCCCACCAGAUGAAAAAAAGACCCCUACACAAAGGAGGAGACCAAAAAUAUGUGGUCCACGCUUUGGAGAAAUCAAGGAGACCGAGAUUGACUGGGGGAAACGCUGUGUUGAUAAGUUUGAAAUCAUUGGGAUCACUGGUGAAGGCACUUACGGGCAGGUGUACAAAGCCAAGGACAAAGAUACUGCCGAGUUGGUGGCCCUAAAGAAAGUCCGCCUGGACAAUGAGAAGGAGGGCUUUCCUAUUACAGCCAUCAGGGAGAUCAAGAUCUUAAGGCAGCUCAAUCACAAGAGCAUCAUAAACAUGAAGGAGAUCGUCACCGAUAAAGAAGACGCCUUGGACUUCAAGAAUGAUAAAGGUGCAUUCUACCUGGUGUUCGAGUACAUGGACCAUGAUCUGAUGGGACUUCUGGAGUCUGGCCUUGUCCACUUCAAUGAGAGUCACAUCAAAUCAUUUAUGAGGCAGCUUUUGGAAGGACUAGAAUACUGCCACAAGAAAAACUUUCUUCACAGAGAUAUCAAGUGCUCCAACAUCCUCCUUAACAACAAGGGUCAGAUAAAGCUGGCAGAUUUUGGAUUGGCUCGGCUGUAUAACUCAGAAGAGAGUCGGCCCUACACCAAUAAAGUGAUCACACUAUGGUACCGCCCACCCGAGCUGCUGCUAGGAGAAGAGAGAUACACACCGGCCAUCGACGUGUGGAGCUGCGGGUGCAUUCUGGGAGAGCUUUUCACCAAGAAGCCCAUCUUUCAAGCUAAUCAGGAGCUAGCGCAGCUGGAGCUGAUAAGUCGUAUCUGUGGCAGCCCUUGCCCUGCUGUGUGGCCAGAUGUGAUCAAACUGCCCUACUUCAACACCAUGAAACCAAAGAAGCAGUACCGGCGGAGACUGAGGGAAGAGUUUGCUUUUAUUCCUCUGAUGGCCCUGGAUUUGUUUGACCACAUGUUAGCAUUGGACCCAAGCAAGCGCUGCACGGCAGAACAAGCUCUCAACAGUGAUUUCCUCAGAGAUGUAGACCCAGCUAAGAUGCCUCCACCUGAUCUCCCUCUGUGGCAGGACUGCCAUGAACUGUGGAGUAAGAAACGACGCAGACAAAAGCAGAUGCCGGAAGAAUUGACUGCCCCCAAAGCCCCUCGAAAGGAGCUGGGACUGGAUGACAGCCGAAGCAACACUCCGCAGGGCUUCCCUGCUGCUGGAGGACACAAAGGUCAGACGGCUGCAGCUCUGUUGGACCCCAAAGCUCCCAACUCUCAACUGACUCAAGAACAGCUGGCUGUACUCUUGAACCUCUUCCAGUCCAAGAGCGCCCCAGUGGGUUCUGCCCAGUUUGCCCAAACCGUGGGUUCUAAGAUGAACCCUGAGACAUUACAGCAGCUUACCAAGGCUUUGCCCCCUGCCCCAGUGGAGUCUGAAAGACCCCCGGAACCUCCUCCAAUAGCCAAGGUCUCCAAACCCCCUCAGCCACUUGCAGGAGGUGGCGGAGUGCCUCGCACUCCACCCAUGCCGAAGCCCCCUUCGCCACCCACCCCACAGCAACAAAGCAAAGGAGAUGGAGAUGCUUCGGCCUCAGCCACGCAGACAGCCGUCACCAUGUUUCUCGCUCAACUUCUCAAAGUUCAACAAGGUGCGGCAGGAGAGGUCAUCGGGUUUGAUGGGCCAGAAGGUCCCAUCUCAAAUGCAGUGGGUGGGAGCUCCGCACCCCCACUGCCACUUGAGAUAAAGCCGCCACCUGAGCCCAGCCCUGUGUCUCCAGUGACUGAAGGUGCUGGCUCAUCGUCCAGGGUUCUAGAUUCUCUAUCCAUAUUGCCACCAGACCAGAGACCCCCAGAACCUCCAGAACCCCCUCCCUGUGCAGACCUGGACUAUCGGCAGGCCCCUGAACCCAAGCCAAGCCUGCCUUCCUCCGGAGCCUCAGGAGAAGCUCCUAGACCCCCAGAGCCUGACUACCCACCCCCUCCCAGGCCCACGGACGGACCUGGGUACGGUGCGGACUACAGCCGGCCACCUCCGCCCUUUCCCCACGCAGGCUUUGCGGAUAGCUACCUCGGCCACAUGAUGGGGGGAGGACUGCCUCCGCACCCACCUCUUCCCCCAGAGACCUUCUCUCACAGAGGCGCCGCCAGCACACCCGGUGCCGGCGGAGGGGCUGGAGGCAGCAGUUUGGUUUUCAGUGGAGACAAGGACCAUCGCUUUGAGUACAAUCAUAGCACGCUGCCUGUGGGUCCCGGGCCCCCGCCCCCUUCCGUACCCCCACCCCCUCCUGGCCAAGCCUGGACUUCGCCAUCCCAAUCAGGGGCGCCACCCCUUCCGCUCGGGUACGUUCCCCAUGUGAACACAGCGGGACUGAGGGGCAGAGGACUCCCUUUUUGAUUCGGGUCGUUGUGAAACUUACUAAUGUUGAAUGCCUCGGAAAAGGAAGACUCUAAAAGAGACAUGCAGUUGCCCUCAAGCCAGCACUAAGUGGUCUGAAAGCUCACUUGAUUUGUAAUAUUUCUAAUAGUAAGGGGUCUGAGGGCACUUGGGUUACAACUGGAGGGACAAACUGUGUUGGGAGGGGAGUUUUUCAUUUCCCGCUUGUACCAUUUCAUAGAACUGUUUUUGUUUUCCCUCAAAUUAAUUUUGUAAUCUUAUUCUACUGCUGUCUUUUAAAUUAAAAUUGUACCUUUUUUGAGUGUGCAUUUACCACGCCAGGGUAAGUGUUUUUAUGACCUGUACCUUAGUGUCUCCUUUAAUUGCAUAAGGAAAGACUAGUAUUACAAUGUUUUGCACUACUGAAUAAAGUAGGUGGAAACAAACUGAGGUGUGAAUGUGCUGUAUCCGCACAUGUUGCAAAUGAUCAGUAAUGGAAGUCGUUUUCUUUUUCGGUCAGAUUUUUUUCUCUUUUUGAUUUGACGUUAUGAGCUCUGUCACAAGGUUCAGUUCACUGGAGGGGCUUUUAAAGGACUCCUAUGAGACUGUUAGCACUUGUGUGAUUUGGCUCAUAUAAAUUGGUGUAUCUACUGAACAAGUGAUCAAAGCUGUGUUUUCUGACCGGUUCCCCACCAGCUAUUGUUUAUAGCCAUUGUAAAAUUUAAAGUUAAGAGACAUUUAACCAAUUUCAAGGAGAUGAGCAACAGUGUCUUUUUUUGUAAUAAGAUGUUUUUCCCCUUUGGCAAUUGUUUAUUAAAGAAAUGCCAAUAAUGUAAAAUG